CCCAGGGCCGCAUCUCCUUCUACAUGACCAACUACGGGGAGGAGGGCACCCACGUGGGCAGCGCGGCCGCGCUGGAGGCCACCGACCUGGUGUUCGGGCAGUACCGGGAGGCGGGGGUGCUGCUGUACCGGGGGUACCCCCUGGAGCUGUUCAUGGCGCAGUGUUACGGCAACGCCAGCGACCCCGGCCGCGGCCGGCAGAUGCCCGUGCACUACGGCUGCCGAGAGAGACACUUCGUCACCAUCUCCUCCCCCCUGGCCACACAGAUACCACAAGGUGACACCCCGUGACACCCCACGGCACCCCACGGCACCCCAUGGCACCCCACGGCACCCCAUGGCA